UAUGAAAAUGGAAAAUUAUGAGGCAUGUGUAGGUUUUGAUCUCUGUGAGACACCCCUCUCUACUGUUGCUCAGAAGAUUAUGUGUGCUAUGCGUUCAGGUGAUUUCAUGGAUUCUAAGAAUGAGGGAGAGAGUACAAAGACUUCAAAAGUGACCAAAAAAUCCAGUGUUCAUUAUUCAGUAUUAGCUGAACAUGAGAGGACUCAAUCACUAGAAACAAAGAACCCUAAGUCAUUAAUAACCCAGUCACCAAGAGGGUCCAUCGAGUUCUCUCCUCAGUCCUCCACUACUCAGCUCACAAGUCAUCUCUCUAUCGGUCAAGUGGAGAACAGCACCGCCUCAUUGACUCUUUCCAGUUGUUUAAUUCCACAGAGUGAUCAGGAAGCACCAGUCUUACAAAGAAUGAAGUAUACAAGAAAGCACUUCCUAAAGGAAAAUGUGGCUAAAGAAGAUGAGAGAAGAUUAUAUCUUAAAAGAAAAUUUAUCACAUGUAGUAAUUCCCCAGAAAAAGCAAGUAAACAGAUAGCACUGGAAGAAGGUACUGAUGGGGCUGAAACCUGGCUAAAUUCUGAGGACACAACAGUGUUUGAAAAACAGCUUUGUGAUGUUAGAUAUUUGGAUGAUUUGGCAAAAGUCCAGCUGAUGGAUAUGCUCACGCAGGCAGAAGCCAUGGUUGUGACACUGAUGUAUAAGGAUGGUUCUACACAGCUCAGAGCCAACCAGACUUUAACUUGUCCUGUUAGAGGAAUUGUAGUGUUACUAAAAACCCAUGUAGACAGCAGCCCUCUGAUUUCCCCAGCCCAAGGUAGUGUUCUGGGAGAGGACUCCACAUCUGCAGAUCACUGUAUCUACAUACAUAUCGAGCACUCCUCUUCCUGGGGCCCCAACAGAGAGGCACAUAGUCUAUUUGUCAGGAACAUGCUGUUUUGGACACUUAGAUGUAAAUGCCCCAUUGUUUGUUUUAAUGCCAAGGACUUUGUGAGAACAGUGCUGCAGCUCCUCGACGAAGGUGGUGGUUGGAAGCAUGUUGCAGGUUUUGUAGGACUAGAUCCCAGAGUUGCUGCAUGGCUCAUGGAUCCUAGUGACACUGCACUUUCAUUUGAAGACUUAGUUGCGAAAUACCUAGGAAAGUCCAUCAUAGUUAAACCGAGCAGCACAUUUGGUGAUACCUCAAGAAAUAUUGUGAAUCAGAGUGUGUGUGUGAACCUGAGGAUACUCUACGACCUCACAAUGGAUCUCUGUUCCAAGCUGAAGGCUUAUGGCUUAUGGCAACUAUUUUGUACUUUGGAGCUUCCUUUGAUACCAAUUUUGGCAGUGAUGGAAAACCAUAAGAUUCCAGUUGACAAAGAAGAAAUGGAGAGGACUUCAGCACUCCUUGGGGCUCGCCUCAAGGAAAUGGAGCAAGAAGCCCAUUUUGUUGCAGGAGAACAGUUUCUUAUAAUGAGUAAUAAUCAGCUUCGUGAGAUCCUCUUUGGCAAGUUGAAGCUGCACCUGUUGAGUCAGAGGCAGCAUCUUCCCAGAACCGGGCUACAGAAACAGCUGUCCACAUCAGAGGCCAUGUUAAAUUCUCUACAAGACCUUCACCCAUUACCCAAGAUAAUUUUGGAAUAUAGACAAGUUCACAAGAUCAAGUCAACUUUUGUAGAUGGAUUACUAGCUUAUAUGAAAAAGGGCUUCAUCUCUUCUACAUGGAAUCAGACUGGAACUGUGACAGGGAGACUUUCAGCCAAGCAUCCUAAUAUCCAAGGUAUCUCCAAGCACCCAAUUCAGAUUUCUAUGCCUCGGAAUUUUAAAGGCAAAGAAGAGGAGACCGUCACCAUCUCCCCAAGAGCCCUGUUUGUUUCCUCUGAAGGCCACACCUUCCUGGCAGCAGAUUUUUCACAGAUUGAAUUGCGCAUUCUUGCACAUUUAUCUGGGGAUCCAGAGCUUUUGAAGUUAUUCCAGGAAUCUGAAAGAGAUGAUGUAUUUUCUACCCUGACUUCACAGUGGAAGGGCAUUCCCGUGGAGCAUGUGACACACAUGGACAGAGAACAGACCAAGAAAGUGGUCUACUCCGUGGUCUAUGGAGCAGGGAAAGAGCGGCUUGCUGCUUGCCUUGGAGUCACUGUUUUGGAAGCCACCCACUUUUUGGAGAGAUUUUUGCAGAAGUAUAAGAAAAUCAAGGACUUUUCCCAGACGGUUAUUGCCCAGUGUCACCAUGCAGGCUAUGUGACGUCCAUCUUGGGUAGAAGGAGGCCUCUGCCAAGGAUCUCUGCACAGGACCAGAAGCUGCGGGCACAAGCAGAGCGACAGGCAGUAAACUUUGUGGUACAAGGUUCAGCCGCAGACCUCUGUAAGCUAGCUAUGAUCCACAUCUUUGCUGCAGUGGCCACAUCCCCAACCCUGACAGCCAGGUUAGUUGCCCAGAUUCAUGACGAGCUGCUGUUCGAAGUAGAAGACACUCAGGUCCCUGAGUUUGCAGCUCUUGUCAGAAGGAUCAUGGAGUCCUUACAGCAGGUACAGGCCCUGAAACUGCAGCUGCAGGUGCCCCUAAAGGUGAAUUUGAGUGUUGGCCGCUCAUGGGGACACUUGGCCCCACUAUAG